AUGUAUAUUGUUUUAAUAUUUUAAUUGGCAUUAGCAGAAUUAUUUACAAUAAAAAAAGAUGAGUUAAAAACCUUAUUUGCCUUACCAAUAAAUGGAUAGGAUUUCGAGCUGUAAACAAGCAAUGAUAAAUGGAAUAUAUGCCAAUUAUAAGACCAUUAAUUAAAUUUACAAUAUACCUAAUAUGAUAGUAGCAACAAAAGUAACUUAGCUAUGCUAUCCCUCUCUUAACAUUCUAUUUUAAUAUUGACUGAUGAUCGAUACAUAAAUUAUUUUCAAGAUUAAAUCCUAUUUUGGAAAUAUGAGAUUCCUACCAAUGUAGACAUCUAAAAUGCAUCAAUGAGAUAUUCUCAUGUAACAUACCUAGUAUAUUUUGUAUCAAACUAAGUUUAUAGAUUCAAUCCUUAUGAUAAAAAUAUCUAAGAAUUUGAAAUGUUCUUAAAUUAUUAACCUUAACAAAUAGAAAUAUGUGAUUAAUUCAUAUUUGUACUAAAUAAUGGAUAAAUUACGAUUUACAACAACACUAAUUAGAUCUAUCAAUUUUCAAUAAAUAAUUCAAUUAACAUUACACAUUUUACUGUCAUAAAUAAUAAUUAAAAUGGCUAUAAUAUUUAUAUUUUAGAUAAGCAAACAGGAUUAUUAAAGGUUGAAUGGAAUCAAUUAACUCACAUUAUAAAUUAACUUGAUUAAAUAUAAAAUGGAGUGGCUUUGGGUAUCUAAAAUGAAAGCAAUAUAUUUGUAGCAUAUAAAAGAUAAUAUAAAUAUAUAGUAGCCUAAUAUUAAAUCAUCGAUUCAUAACUAUAAAUUGUUAGGAAAUUACAAAGCAAGAAAAACGUUUAGAAAAUUAUUGCAUUUAAAGAUUAUGCUUUGUUUGUCACAAAUAAUAAAAUAGACUUACUCUAUGAAAAUAAAAUAUAUAAGAUUUUAAAAUUUGGAAUCAAAGAUAUUUCUAUGAUUGGUACUAAAGUAAUAGGAAUAAGUACUUUUGAUAUUUUUUAGUAUUAAUUUGAACCUGUUCCUAAUUAUGUGUAAUGUUUUUAUCAUUUAGAUGAGGAUAUUACUUAUUAAUUAGAUUAUUAAUUAACUUUUAAUCAAAUAAAUAAAACAAUUCACAAGAAAAAGAUAGAAUUUUCAAUAGAAUUAUUAUUGCAUAAAUCUAACUAAUUGUAAAUAACUUUAGGAUUCAUUAUUUGUGGAAUCAUUUUAAUUUUGAUUUUAUUAUAUUCUUUAUUUACUCUGAAGUAAAAAUAUCUCCUAAUAAACGAGAUGGAAACUAAUCUUUAGAAAUGUAAAGUAAAGCAGAUUCCACUCUUUAAAAGUUUAGAAUGUGUGAUAAGUCCUAAAGGAUUACACUCUAAACUUUAAAGCUUUGAUCAAACAUCAAAUUUCGAUUUAAAUAAGGUGAGAAAUUGA